AUGGCCCUCCAGGUUGUGGUUCCCAAUACGGAGCCCAAGUGCCCUCGCAAUGAUCGCCUGCAGGAAGCGCCUUCGGCCAAGAACGCGCAGGGCUUGUUCCCUCCUGAGGCUUGUAUUUUUGUUGGAAAUCUAUCUACAAAGGUUCCGACCGAGACUCUGACUGAAGACUUAAAGUCGGUAUUCACAUCAUUUGGUGCUUGUCAUGUCAAGAUCAAGCAAGAUAAAAAGAAGGGAUUACCCGGUGCCUUUGUACAGUUUGAACGAGUGGAAGAUGCAAAUGCAGCUCUGUCCAGCGACGAAUCUACCAUUCUCCACGGUCGAAUGCUAAGAAUCGAACGAGCCAAAGGACGAAGAACUGCCUGUCUCGGGCUUCGCUCUCUUCAACCCGUGACGGCGCAGGACGUGCAGACUGCGCUGGAAGGUCGUGGCUCACUGGAAGUCUACUCGAUCGAAUCGCAACAGACGGGAUACCAGACUUGGACCGACGUGGCCAAAGUCACGUUUGCUUUUGUCGACGACUGCCGAGACGCCAUCAAGUACUUCCAAAAAGACGACAAGUACUACCUGAACCUUCUCGACAUGGACGGUAGCCCUCUCCUGCAGGGUCCUGCCCAGGGUCCCUUCCGAGGUCCUGGACAAGGGUUCCCUCGCUCCAAGCCCUACAAUGGACCUUCUCGCGCUGGCAACUUCCAGCGACACAACCCCAACAACCGCCAGCACCGCAACGGUAAUGGCAACUUCAACAAUGGCAGUGGUAACUUCAACCACCGCAAUGGCUUCCGCGGCGGUUUCCCAAAGGUCCAUCACUCACCAAUGAACCACCAUGAAAACGUGCCUCCUCUUCUUGCAUAUGUCCCCCCCACACCCAUCUACGCUGAUGUUCGCCCACCCUUCUUCCCUCCUCCUCCUCCUUUCCUCCCUCCUCCUCCUCCCAAUGGAUACUACGGGCACCCUCCCCCCGGCUUCAAUGGCUUCAAUGGCCAGCUUCCCUUCGUCCGCCAUCCCACACCUCCCGACCACUUUAGUCCUCCCAUCAGCAACGGUAACGGACCUUUCAUCGUCUCCGGCCAGCCUCAGUGGACUCCACCAGGCCAUGGCUACUUCCCAGGCCCGAAUGGAUUCUUCCCUGAAGGGCCAUGCGGUCCACAGCCCGGCAUGAACGGUCCCCCCAACGGAUACUUUGGCCCAGCCGGCCCCAUGGGCAACGGCGCACCCUGGCCUGGACAAGGAGCAUUCCCUCCCUCGCCGCCUUACAUGAACGGCCAAGGCUUUGACCAACGCCAGACAUCGGGACCGAUGAGACCUCGAAACAUGAAACCCAAUGACACCCCAAAGGAGGAGAUCGUCGACCAGUCUCCUGGGAACGACACUGUGGGAGGUGUCCCAUUGAAUCCCCAGAUUCCCGAGAAGGCCCCCCGACUCAUCCGUGUCUACCACUCUGAUGAUGAUGAGAACAACGAGGACCUCAAGUCUGGCUUCUGGGGCUCGGAGAAGAGCAAGAAACCCGUUGUUUCGGGCAACGACAAUCCCGUGGAGGAGAGCUCCAAGACUCGCAGUCCCAGCAAUUCCAUUACCAGUACCACUUCCAGCCGUACUUGCGCAAGUCCUACCCAGAAACCCGUGGAGGCCAAGUCCCACACCAAGAAUCGCCCCUCGAUUGAGGAGUAUGUGCGGCGUGAGGCGCUGGGUCGUGGACUUAGCGAGGAGGAUUUACAGGAUGUCAUUCGAUCCCUGGAGAACGAGCAGAUGAUCAAAGACGAGCAGCAGGAGAAAGAGGCUCUGCUGGUUGAGACUGAUGGAUGCCAGCCCGUGACUGGUACUGAUUCCAGUGGUUCGCAGAAUGGAACCGUGGCGCGCAAUGUUUCGGUGAAGUCCGUCUAG